AUGGAUGCAUCAUUGAAGAAGAUCUUAGAAUCCUUGGAUCUCAGCUGCUUUCGGCCCGCGCUCGGAGACCUCGGCCUCUCGAGCCCAGAGGACGUGACAUUCCUUCUUGACGAAGAUCUGCGACAGGUGGGUCUGAACCUGGUGCAGGUUCGCAAGCUGCAGUCAAGGGCCCGCCAGUGGGUCAAAGAAGACGUGGCCCAACAGGCAGCCGUGGCGACGGAUGCUCCAUGUCGUUCAACACAUCGAAAGCGCUGCUGUGAGUCGGCGAAUGAAGACGAGCGUAUCGCCAAGCCUCGUCUAUCCGAACCGCCAAGGCCCUUUGGCAUGUGCGGCCGGAACUUCCCUCGUCGCUUGAUCUUCAUCAGGCAUGGUGAGUCGGAAGCAAACGUGAACCGCAAGAUCACAGCGACGGUCCCUGACCAUGAUCUGCACUUGACUGAGAGGGGUCGGCAGCAAGCCGCCGAAGCAGGGCAGAGAUUGGCGAGCCUCGUGGGCGAGGGCUCAGUGAGGUUCACCUACUCGCCGUACACACGAGCUCGUGAGACGCUGAACGGUAUCCUCCGGGCGGGGGCGGUGGAGAAGUGGCCAUGCCAGGAGGAUGUCCGCAUUCGCGAGCAAGAGUUCGGGAACUACGACAGUCCGGAGAUCAAG